AUGACCACAGAACAAACAACCUCUUCUACUCAAAGUAUAAUAUCUGAGGCCACCAGCUCUUCUUCUUCUCAAGUAUAUAAGGCAACCUACUCAGGUGUUCCUGUUUGGGAAUUUCGAGUGAAAGGUGUAGCUGUAAUGCGUCGAAAAAAUGAUGACUGGCUUAACGCAACACAAAUUUUAAAAGUUGCUGAUUUUGACAAGCCACAUAGAACAAGAAUAUUAGAACGUGAUGUACAAAGAGGUGAGCAUGAGAAAGUACAAGGAGGGUACGGUAAAUAUCAAGGGACAUGGGUUCCUUAUGAUAAAGGGGUAGAUUUAGCAGAACGAUAUAGGGUCAAAGAGCUAUUACAACCAUUAAUAGAUUUCAGACCUUCAUUGGAAAGUCCCCCGCUAGCACCAAAACAUAUUACUGCUGCAUCCAAUAGGCCUAGAAAGCCACGUGAACCCAAACAACCUAAAUCCAAACCCGCCAAACCUCGUUCUUCAAAGAAAGGCAAAGGAAAGGCAAACGAACCCGUUGAAGAAUUGAUAUCUUUGGAUACAGAACCACAAAUUAACAAUAAUGAUAUUGUUAGUGCACCAUCUACUACUACCAUAACAGCUUCGUCUGUUAUAUCAUCACCUAGUCAUACUUCACUUCAUUGGGCUGCUGCAAUGGCUAAUAUUGACAUGGUAAAUUUGUUGAUCAAAGCAGGCGCUGAUGCUGAAAGUAGUAAUAUUGUUGGUGAGACAGCACUUAUGAGAAGUGUCAUGUUUCCAUAUAAUUAUCAAAACAGAAGUUUCAAAAAUAUUAUACAACUUUUGGCAAGAAGUAUUGGCAGCGUUGAUUCUCGUGAUCAAACAGUGUUUCAUCAUAUAGCAGUUUUUGCCAAUAGUAGUAAGAUACAAGAAGAACCUGCAAAAUACUAUUUGGAAAUUUUAAUUUCACAAUUAACCCAACUCCCAGAUGAAAAAUACCGCAAAAGUAUCUUAAAUAGACAAAAUGUUGAUGGAGACACUGCUAUUAAUAUUUUAGCAAAAGCAAAGAAUAAACAGCUUGUCGAAUUGAUUUACCGUGCAGGUGGAGAUCUUCAUAUUUGUAAUAAAGAAAAUAAAAAUGCCGAACAUUAUUUCUGUAUGAGUAGUCGACGAACAACAUUAUUUGUAGCCGGUUUUGGAUCUCAAAUCCGUGCAAGAGACUUAGCAUAUGAGUUUGAAAGAUAUGGACGUUUAAUCCGAUGUGAUAUUCCUGCUCCCAGAAGUUAUCAAUCUAAACCGGAUGCUGAAGAUGCUUAUUAUGAAAUGCAUGGUCGUAGAAUUUAUGGCUAUACAUUGAAUAUUCAGUGGGCUAAAAAUGCACCAUCUAGAUCUUGGCGAUAUGAGAGUGGUAGAACUUCACCUCGUCGUCGUCGGUCUACAACCCCACCAUCACGUCACAGAAGACGUAGAUCCUAUUCUCGCUCUCGCUCCCGUUCUCGUACCCCUUCACCAAGCAGAAAUAGGUCAAAAUCUAGAUCAAGAUCUCCUUCUGUAUCACCUUCUCGUGGUAGAAGUCGCUCUCCUCGCUCUGAUACACGUAGAAGUCGUUCUCCUCGUUCUAGAACACCAGAAAAAGAAAGAACAAAUGGCGAAGAAAGAGCCGAGGGUAAAAAAUCUCGUAGUAGAUCUAUAUCACCACCAUCAAAGGUUGAUGAGAUGAAAUGCGAUCCAGAUUCACCAUCAUCUAGACCUAAUAACGACACUAGAGAAAAAUCUUUAUCCCCAAAUGGUCCAGUUGCUCCAAGUUCCGAAUCUCCUCCUCCUGAUCGUAGUUCUCAAUCCGGAAGUCCAGCAAGAGAUUAA